AUGUCCACGCCCAGCGACGCCGAGAUGCUGCAGCAGAUGCAGCAGCGUCUGGAGAGCGUGACCGCCGCCAAGGCGGCCAACGCGGCGGCCGGCAAGCAGCUGGACGAGAAGCUGCGCGUGGCCUUCAAGAACCCGCCGCGCCGCCCCAACAUGUCGGCGGAGCGCCUCAAGGAGGAGAUGGAGCGCAAGGAGUGGCACCGCAACACCACGUCCAUGUCCGCCAGCGACGAGCGCGUGCUGCUGCGCGAGCUGCAGACUCUCAAGGACAAGCUGGCGCAGCAGGAGGCGUGCGACGAGUUCCAGACCAUGAUCGACAGCACGCGCAAGGAGCGGCAGGAGCGCUUCGAGAAGCACAGGGAGUUCGACGCCACGCUGCAGCAGCUGCAGCAGGGCAUCCGCAAGCUCAAGCUGGCCGCGCACAUCAAGAAGCCCGUGGCGGACUUCGUCACGAUCGAGGUCUCGGUGCCCGCGGACAAGAUGGGCUCCGUCAUUGGCAAGCAGUUCGCGCACGUGCAUCAGCUUGAGAAGGAGUGCUGCGCCAUGCUGGAGGUGGACAACAAGGAGAACAUUGUCAAGAUCACUAGUGCCCCGGAGCAGGUGCGCGCUGCUAAGGAGGCGGUCGAGGACAUCACUCUGGCCACCAACCACUCGAUCGGACUGCACCCGGACACGGUGAAGGUGCUCAUGUUCCAGCAGGCCAAGCACCUGCACGAGUUGGAGAAAUCACUGAAGCUCAAGAUCGACAUCAGCAAAGCGGAGGGUAUCUUGACUGUCAUGGCGUCGCCAGCCAAGGCGAAGCAGCUGGAGAAGCAAAUUAACGACCUGACGGACGGCAAGGUGGACAUCCAGCUGCCGUCUGAGAUCGUACCCAAGCUGAUUGGCAAAAAGGGCGAGACUAUCAACCAGUUGAUGGAAGACACCGGCGCUCUGGUGGACAUUGACAAGGUGACGAACAACGUGAGACUUGUCGGCACGAAGGACAGCGUUGCUAGUGCUGAGAAGUUCGUGCGUGAGCUCAUCGAUGAGCAGUCUCAGCGCGAGAAGAACUUUACGCCUGCGGACAGGGAGUUGUUCAAGGGAUCGGAGUUCGCGCAGUACAAGUUCGAGUUCUUUGCGGAAUUCCUCAUGGCCAACAAGGCGAAGCAGCUUCGUCUUCUGCGAACGGAUGCCUCGGAGGCCCGGAUCAAGGUGUUCAAGAAGGAGCGACGGAUUCAUGUGCUGGGCAACAAGAAGCAGAUUGAUGCCAUGGAAGACGCGAUUCGCGAGCGUCUGAAAGAAUUCGAGCAACACCACUGGGUCAUUGAAGUCGCCGAUAACCACUUGCUGAGCCUCAUUAUUGGCAAGAAGGGAAGCAAAAUCAAGGAAAUCGAGAACGAAGGCAAGGAAAGCAACAUCCGCAUCGAUAUUCAAGACUCCUAUGUGUGCGUGUUUGGCGACGAUGAGGAAGCCAUCAACAAGGCGAAGACCAAGAUCACUGAGAUCGUCGACACCAAUCAGCGCUCAGUGUUUGUCACGUCGCGUUACUUGAUCGCUGUGCUUAUGGCGUCCAAGCGCGAAAAGCUGUCCGAAAUUGAGACGGGCAGUGGCUGCAAGCUGCACUUGCCUCCCCCUCCGCGCGAUGGUGCUGCUCGGAGCAGCGAAAGCGAGUCGGAUCAAAUCAAGAUCUCCCUUACGGGUACACUUGAGGCGAUUCAGAAGGCAAAGGAGCAACUGGAAGAGCUGGAUGAAGCUCAUCAUGUCCGAUACUUGCCUCUCGAUAACGAUGAGAUCCCGACUGUGAUCGGCAAGAAGGGCGAGACCGUGUCGGAACUCGAAACCAAGAGUGGGGCCAAGGUCCGUGUGCUGCGAGGUACGGGCGACCAACCCUCUGAGCUGGAGAUGAUCGGCACGGAGGAGCAACUGAAAAGCGUGCAGGCUGCGGUUGAUGAGCUCUUGCAGACUCAGAACCGCCAGCUCCUGCAAUUGGAUGCGUUCGCAACGGGCUGUUUGAUUGGUAAGAAGGGCGAACGCAUCAAGGCGAUGCGUCUUGCGCACCCCGAGGCCACCUUGGAUGCAUUCCCGAACCGCGGGCAGGUUCGCAUCAAGGCGGCAUCCCCCGAAGCCCUUCAAGCCUGCGUUGACGAUGUGCUCAAGACGUUGCAGGAAACUCAUGUGAUCGAAAGUGUCCGUGUGCCUCAGCAAGAGCAGCAAUCCUCUAAUGGACUGCCGCGUGGUGUCACUGGACCAGCGCCGACAAACUUCAAUACGCUGCUUGACAAGUAUGAAGCAAUUGCGAUGCGUCUGCAGGAGCUCGAGGCCGAAGGUGGUGAAGGCAUGCGAGUAUCAUUCCAGGAUGACGGCAAGGUGGCCAAGAUUCGCGGCCCCGCGUUGGGAAUUGGCAAGAUCAAAAAGUUCUUGGAGAUGUUGGUUUCACCGGACUCGCACUUUGUGGAGACCAUUGCGCUUCCCUCGAUUACGUUCGCAAGUGCUCUGGAGGUCAAGGGCGAAGCCGCGAAGCUGAACGAGAACGCGUUGCGCAUUUGCAAGCAAACUGGAUGCGAGCUGCGCGUGAAGCGCUCACCUGCGGCUUCAGGUGCAACCGAGGAGGGUAUCAUUCGCAUCGAAGGCACCAAUGCCUCUAAGGUGUACGAGGCCAAGGCUGAGGUCGAGAAGGUGCUGCAGUUCUACUACACAGACUGUUUCCAGACGCUAGAGGACCUCCCUCCUUCCAUUGCGACCCGUAUGUACGAGCUUCUGCCUACCCUCCGCGCCAAGUACAACGUUGUGUUUUCCCUGCCUACCAAGACCACUCUCAAGGUUUUUGCGGACUCUAAGAAGCACACCCAGGAAAUUACAAAGCAGUUGAAGAAGGAUGUUGAGGCGUGGAAGAAGCAGCACGUGGAGCUGCCCAUUGCGGGCUGGCUUGUGCCCAUUCUGGUUGGCCGCAAUGGUGAGACCAUCAAGAAGAUCAGCACGGAAAGCAGCGCUCGAUUGGAUUUGAAUGCCCCAUCGCCUUCGGGCUCGCGCCACGAAGACCGUGUGCUUACCAUUAGCUCGAGGGACGACGCAGCCAUUAAGCUCGCUACGGAAAAGGUCCAGGACGUGCUUACCCACCACAAGAACCUGUCUUCGGUUGUGGAUGUCACCAAGGACAAGUUGGAUGUGGCUCUCUCCGCUAAGAAGGAUGCUGCAAAGGGGAUUCAGUUCCAUGUUAUCGACGGAAAAGAGAAGGGUGAGCUGCAGGUUGUCGUUUAUGGCGAUGACCACGAUGAGCGCGAGCGCCUCGUAGAGAAGAUGGAGCACCUGCUUGAGCUUUUCGUUGUUGAGACGAUUUCCCUGCCUACGACGGUCUCUCCUGCCUUUGCAAGCUCCAUGGUCGGCUCUCUUAUCGGCAAGAGUGGCGCCAACAUUCGUGCGCUGCAAAAGCAAUUCCCCGACGUCAUGAUUGACAUUCGUCGUGGCGACAACUCGAUCACGCUCAAGGGACCCAAGGAGGAAGUCCAGAAGGUGCGCACAGUCAUGGAGGACAAGAUCCAGGAGUUGCUGCGCAACGAAGAGGAAUUCCAGCAGCGCCGUAGCGCCCGCUACCAGCAAGAAACGGAGGAGCAGGAAGACGAUGAUAAGAAGACGAACGGUGCGCGCGAUGCUGAGGUCAGCGACGAGAACUCCCAACCGAACACGCAGUCGCAACAGCGACAGCAGCCUAAGCGCGUGGGCCCCGUUGGUGGCACGCCGGCCAUGGGCGAGGUGAAGCUCACGAAGAACCAGCGCCGCCGCAUGCGCAAGCGCGCCGAAAAUGAAAAGUCGGAUGUGUUGUCCAUGUUGGUGGGCAACGGCCAGGGUACUGCGACAACGACGACGACUACCACGACAGUCAAGACCGUCAGCAGUGGAAGUGUCACGAGCAGCUCUACUACAACCACGACCAGCUCAACGAAGGGGAGCAACGGUGGCUACUACCAUUCAUCGAGCGGGUACUCGUUGCGCCUGUAA